AUGGCCCUCACCGACAAACGCCGCAACUGGACGCCCGAAGAAGACGUAGUGCUGCUCAUCCAAGUCGCCGCCAACCUACCCUUUGCAGCUGACAAGGGUCAAGUUACGAAGUCCUGGCAAUCCUUGGCGGACAAGUUGGUUGCCUGCGAUCACUUCGAUCGUGUCGUCGACGGUCGCAAGGUGCAAAAUAGGUUUACGGCGCUGGUAGACGAGCACAGCAAAUUUGACAUGGCAUUUGCAAAACUCUCAGGGGUCGACCAAGAGGAGUUGGAGAAGCAUACCCUGCUCGACGACUUGCUGCCGUUGCUGGACGAAGUCAAGAGCACUGCAGCAAGCAAGCGUGUAAAAAUGGAAGGCGAAAAAGACAAGAUCGAACAAGGCGUUAUGUUGGUACGAGAGAUGACCAUGCAAACGAUGAAACGUCGCAGCGACGUCGACAACGACGAAGUGAAAACGAAACCUGCGGUCGAAAAUCGUCGCAACAGUUUGGCGGCUGCGAUUGAGGCUGACAGCGAGCGCGAAUUGGCAAGUCGCGAGAAGCAACUGGAAUUCGAUCAGUUCAAAAAGUAA